UGGCCUAAGCAGCCCAUGGAAUCUCAUAACCUGAGCUCUUCCUCUCCCCUCCUUUCUCUCCCUGCCUCCACUCUCCCUGCCUCCCUCCCUCCCUCCCUCUCCUCCUCUCCCUCUGCCUUCACCACAAACUGGGGGUCACCUGGAGAAGCCUCGGCUCCCUGCUCCCCGGCCUCCUCCCCCACAGUGUCUACCUUCCUGGCUGCAGCCUUGGGUGUGGAGUUUGUCCUGGGCCUGCUGGGGAACAGCUUGGCAUUCUUCAUCUUCUGCUUCCACACGCGGCCCUGGACGUCCAACACCGUGUUCCUGGUCAGCCUGGUCAUUGCCGACUUUCUCCUGAUCGUCAACCUGCCCCUUCGUGUGGAUUACUACUUCCUGCACGAGAUCUGGCGCUUUGGGGCCACUGUCUGCAAACUCAACCUCUUCAUGCUGUCCACCAACCGCUCGGCCAGCGUGGUCUUCCUCACGGCCAUCGCACUCAACCGCUACUUGAAGGUAGUAUGGCCCCACCACGUGCUGAGCCGGGCUUCCGUGUGGGCAGCUGCCAGGGUGGCCGGGGGGCUCUGGGGAGGCAUCCUGCUCCUCAACGGACACCUGCUCCUGACUGCCCAUACCAACCACUCCUGCCUCAGUUACCAGCUGGGCACGAACACCUCGGCCUCACUCCGCUGGCACCAGGCUCUGUUCGUGUUGGAAUUCUUCCUGCCGCUGGCACUCAUCCUCUAUGCCAUCGUGAGCAUCGGGCUCACCAUCCGGCGCCGCAGCCUGAGUGGGCAGGCGGGCCCACGGAGGGCCGUGCGCAUGUUGGCCGUGUUGGUGGCCGUCUACGUCAUCUGCUUCCUGCCCAGUAUCAUCCUCGGCAUGGCUUCCAUGGUGGCCUUCCGCCUGCGCGCCUGCCACAUCCUCAACAUCUGCUCGCAGCUCUUCCACGGCUCCCUGGCCUUCACCUACCUCAACAGUGUCCUGGACCCUGUGCUCUACUGCUUCUCGAGCCCCAACUUCCUCCGUCAGGGCCGGGCGCUGCUGGGCCUCAGCCGGAGCUGGCAGGGCUCAGGCAGCGACGAGAGUUCCUACCAGCCUUCCACUCGGCGCCGGGAGGCCUCCAGGAAGGCGAAGGCUACAGAGAAGCUACAGUUGGAGGUCUCACUGGAGUCGUAAGGCCCCUCCCAGGACAGGGGGUUCACAGUGCUGCGGAAGUCAGGACGGCCAGGCUCCCACCUGGAGGGAUAAGGUCACUCCCUGGACUAUUG